AUGUCAAGACGAAGAGGUGGUUAUUCGGGCACUGCAGGCGCAGCUCGUACCGCUGCAAAGGAAGAACAGAGUAAAUCCGAACCACAAGAAACCCAACCCAAGGAUAAUUACUCCGCACUAGAUGAACUAUUGGCUCCUGAUGUGAUCGUUCAGCUGUUCAUACUAUGUAUAUCGAUUCAUUUUGCGUUUGCGAAGUAUGGUGGCUUUCAGGGUCCUUUCUUCCUACACUUUCAAAAUUGUGCUAUUAUUGUAAUAGCAAUACUUGUGAGCGCAUACUCAAAAUAUAAGUCGAGCGGUUACAAUCCGGGAACGCUGCCAAAGUUCCAAGUAUUCUACUCAUUUUAUUUACCCUUCAUGCUUUCGCUUUUGUUCAACGAGCGAUUGACGCUAGUUAAUAGCGCUUUGGUGCUAAAUAUCGUUGAGAUCCCAUUACCGUUCCGGAUUCCAAUGCAGUGGAUGCUCAUUCAACUGCAGGCACCGGAGGACUCCCCUAAAGCACCUAUUCAGAGUUUUUUGGCAAUCAUAAUUAACUACGUGUUUUCUAUCGUGCUUGCCAAGAUCAGUCAUUUGAAAAGCCUUGACAACGUGGAUUGCAGUUUGUUCAGUAUUUUACUAACUGAUGUGCUGUUUUUGAUUCAAUCGGAUUCCAUCUAUUUUCAAGUCUUAAAAAAUACACUUUUGGCAUUUUUAAUAGUUGUCAGUUUCAAUUACGUGAUGUCCUUUCUUUUAAGUUCAUUUUCCGAUGGAUAUAUGAGGUCAAUUAUGUUGUUCACAAGUUUUGUGGCUGGAACACCAUUCAUUAUCAAGAAACUACUAAUCAUUGACGAAAAGGAUCCGUUGGAUUGGCUUUUGGACUACAUAUCGGGCUCCAAAACUCGGAUAACAAUUCUAUCAACGUGGUUAAUUUCGCUUUUCGUUUUAGUUCCAAAUAUUUUGAUCUUCAAAUCCAACUUUUCUUUGAACACAUCGAGAAAAGUUUGGCACUUUUUGAUAUUAUUGCUGAUAAGUAAGCCAUUUUUAAUGGACCCUGAAUUCGUGAAGAUUUCUUUGGCUGGUACAAUUGUUUUGUUUUUGACUGUCGAGUACCUCAGAUAUUUGAAGCUUCAACCAUUCGGCGAAUAUCUCGAUGCAAGACUAAGACUCUUUUCUGAUUUUCGUGAUGAUAAAGGUCCAAUAAUCAUUUCAUACAUUUAUCUGAUAAUUGGCGUUACCGCACCAUUAUUGAUAGCCAACUCGCCAGUUGGACUAAUCAGUCUCGGUGUAGGUGAUUCAUUGGCUUCCAUUAUUGGCGGGAAAUGGGGUAAACGUUAUUGGCCAGGAACAACAAAGACUGUUGAAGGAACGUUAGCAUUUGUCGUAAGUACGUCUGCGACAAUGUAUUUCUUCAAAGAAAAUCUUGGCUAUUUUAACGGUAUCUCUCAUACAAAUUUGUGUAUUGUAUGUCUGCUGAGCGGUUUACUUGAAGGAAAUAGUACUCUGAACGACAAUAUACUGAUUCCUGCAUUUAUGUUGAUCAUUGAAAGGCUACUGUGUGAAUAA